GUAGUUCAUGUGGUAAUGAAAAUAUGUUGUUAUAAUUUUGUUGCAAAAUCAGAAUCAUUUAUCAUUUAGAAUCAUUUAUUUGGCCAAGUUUGUGCGCACAAACAAGGACGGUUCACUUUGCUCUCUGCAUGCAAAGGAAAAACAACAUUUUUGCCAUGUUACGGCUCUUCUAUAUAAUAAAUACACCGUUUAACCUACACAUUCACUGAGUGUCAAAAUUAUGCAUACAAAUAAAAUAACAAAUAUAAUUUGUUAUAAUUGUAGAUACAUUUGUUGUGCAUUUUCUUCUUUUCCUUCUUUUCAGUUUGGUGUCAUUCUUGAUGGUGCCACUAGAAGACACCAAAGUAAAAAGAUUUCUUGUACAGAAUUCUACCUUCACCUGCUCUGCUCAACGUGUUUUCAUUCAAAUUACUAUCCUGCCAUCCUUGAAAACAGCGCCAAACUGUAACAGUGCUGUCUGUUAUUGUAUGCCUUUCCUGUAUUGCAGCAAUGUUGUAUUGGUUGCUCGUGCUUGACUACCUACACUUUGCCUACCUUAAUUCUGUGUAUUUCAUUGCAUGUUAUUGUCUGUUGUUAUGUUAUGCUUGUUAUGAUUGUAUAAAACAUAUUUAGUUAAUGCUUUAUUUUAUUUUUCAGAUGUAUUCAGCUGUUCUUUUAACUUUCUUUUUAGCCCUGCCCCCAUUUUCUUCAAGGCACUUGUACCAUCAGAAAUAAAAAAGCAUACAUAAUAACUUAACAGGUUAAAUAAAGUUACAUUUGCAGUGUAAAAAAAUAAUAAGUAAGACAAGUAUUUGCUUCCAACAUGUUGUACCUGUUGGUCUGUUGACCUGUCAUUGAGCAGAAGGUGAAAAGGCUUCUGACUAAUUGUUAUAAUACAAAUAGUGAAAGAUGAUAUAAACAUGUGUUUUUCUCCACAGAUACCUGAUCCUUCCAUCACAAAGAAAGACCAAGAGAUUUUAACACGCAUUACUGUGAUUGGCUGUAGUAUUUCCCUUUUUACUUUGGUCAUAGCCAUUUUGCUCUUUAUUACAAACAGGAAACUCAGACAAGAUGUCUCUAUGAAGGUCCACAUCAACCUUGUAAUUGCCCUGAUGCUCCUCAACCUGCACUUCCUGCCCAGUCAGGCAGUGGCAGCAGGGUCUCCCUCUGGACUUUGCUUAUACAUGGCUCUUUUACUUCAUUAUUCCCUGCUGGCCACUUUCAGCUGGAUGGCCUUGGAAGGUUUCCACUUAUAUCUUCUCCUGGUCAAAGUCUUCAACAUCUAUGUCAAGAAAUACCUGCUCAAACUCAGCGUGGUGGGAUGGGGUGUCCCUGCCAUGAUUGUGUCAGUGGUGGUGAUCAUAGACAGAACGUUUUAUGGCCUUGCCCCUCUGGACACAUCUCACUCCAGUACUGCAAUGUAAGAUUUGCCAGCAUGUAAAAACAAGAAUAAUGAUUCACAUUUUCAAAUUUACUUAUUAACUGUUUUCCAAUCAGAGUUUCUGUAAACAUGCAUGUUGGAGAAGCAGAAAGCUCCUUUUCACCAAGCAU